CCACAGCUAUUUUUAUACGGUGCGCGAAAACACCUUAUAAUCAGUGGAAGCAUACCUGUCUUAAGAGGUGAAAGUUAUUUUAAAUUAAAAAAGUAGAAGAAACAGCCCAGUCAAUUUAUUUACAUUUUGGUAUGUAUGUGAUUUGAUUUUUAUUUUUUUACCAUGAGUGAAAAUAAGGAUAAGGAUGAAUCGGAAGAUACUAAAAUAGUUAUUAAAAACAAUGCCGAUUUACAAAGAUUAAAGUUAUCAAAAUUAAUGAAAAACCCAGACAAACCUAUUAUUAUUCCUGAAAGACCAAAAGAAAGAGGUAUUCCCAAUGUUCCAGACUUUGUUAGAAAUGUUAUGGGAUCAAGUGCAGGGGCUGGUUCAGGAGAAUUCCAUGUAUAUAGACAUCUUCGCCGCAAAGAGUAUGCUAGACAGAAAUUUAUGCAGGAAAAAGCAGAACGGGACAAGCUAGAUGAUGAUUACCAUAAGAAAUUAGAAGAGUAUCAAAAAUUAGCUGAACAACAAACUGAGAAAAAACGAUUGAAACGACUUAAGAAAAAGCAGAAAAAAAAGAAAAAAUCAGAAAAGUCUCAAGAUAGACAAUCUUCUUCAGAACAUAGUGAACAUUCUGAUGAAGAGCAUGAGAACAAAGAAACUCCAAUGGAAACAACAGAUAACAAUGAAAGUACAAAUGAUUCUAAAGAAGAUAUGCUUGAAACCAAGGAUAGUCAAGAAGCCGAGUGAUUAAUAAUGCAUUAUCAUUUUGUAGAUCUGUUUUUAAAUAAAUAUUUACCUUUAGGAAACCCACAUUUCAUGUUUUUUGAAAAAUAACUCUCAUUAAAAAACAAUGUUAGUAAUAGCUACUUUGUAUUAAUUUUUAAAACACCC